UGCUGCUCACACAAAGCUCUGCUACUUUCUUAUGCUAAUGGUUUGUAGUCAUUUGUUACCUACAUUUUAAAAUGAACUGGGUUACUGCAACGAACUUGAGGCUGAUUUGCCUGCUGCUUGCAUAUUUUGUCAUUUUGUCUCCGGCAAUGUAUUUUGAUUUGGGAGAACAGGAGGAAAAGUGCAUAAUUGAGGAGAUUCCAGAGGACACACUGGUGACAGGUUUCUUCCUGGUAGAGUAUUGGGAUGAAAAUAAGAAGGCCAAUACCCCACACCUUGGUUUAACUGUCUCUGUGAGAGAUCCACAGCAUUUGGUAAUCUUGUUAAAACGCUUUGGGAGACAUGGAAAAUUCACUUUUACGUCCCAUGCGUCGGGUCAGCAUUUCUUGUGUGUGAAAUCCAACUCAACCAGUUUUUCUGUGUUUGCUGGUGACAGUUUGAAAGUGCAUUUAGAUGUCCAGAUGGGCGAGCACACCAGUGAUCCAAGUGCUGCCAAAGCAAAAGACACUAUGAAAGCAAUGGAGUACAACCUGCAACAUCUCAUUGACAAGAUCCAGUACAUUAGCAGGCAGCAAGACUUUCAGAGGGAACGCGAGGAGACAUUUCGCCAAAUGAGCGAGGAAACAAAUGGAAACUUUUUGUGGUGGUCCAUUAUUCAGACAUCAAUACUGCUCUCUGUUGGAUUCUGGCAAAUGAAAAGCCUCAAAGACUUUCUCAUCAAAAAGAAGUUGGUUUAGAUUUAUGAUAUCAAGCUUGCUGUGUGCAACCUUGUUUGAAACAUUUGGGAAAAUGUAUGGGUGUAAAUGACCUCUCACUUAAUGGAUGACUAUCAUUUUACUCUGCAAUAAGCCUGUUUCAUUACUAGACUAGUUUCAAUAAAUUCUUA